AUGGUCUUCCCUCAAGUCAUAGCAGUGUUCCACGGAUUGUACGAUGUGAUCGGUCUUCCUGGUAAUUUAUUGGUCAUAGUGACGAUCAUCUUUGAAUCAAGAUUCCAUGUGAUGCGAUAUAUUUUACUGGCAAGUCUCGCUUUAUCAGACUUUCUCCUGUUGGUCCUUGUAAACUCAUUCCGCAUCAAAAGUAUAGCACAAGAACAUUGGUUAUAUGGCCAAACAAUGUGCUAUCUCAACCCAUUCUUUGUCAGAUACUUCUACAUCAACACGGUUCUUCACUUGGUAGCAGUGUCUUAUGAUCGAUACCUAGCGAUAGUCAAGUCUCCAUUGACCUACGAUGGGACCAUUACAAAAACCAGGGUGGCGUUUUUGUCUCUCAUCUGGAUAAUCCCGAUUCCACUUUCCAUCGGUCCAUUCCUUGGUUGGGGAGAGUACGUUUACAGACAAGAGGGGUUCUUCUGCGAGCAGGGAUGGGCUCUGCGAAGCAGUUCAGCAAGAAGAAACAUGAUAAUUUACCCAAUCACAACCCUCGUUAUUCCGUUAUUAAUCAUUGUAUUCCUAAACGUAUCAGUAUACAUGGCCGCGAGACGACAGGUAAAUGUUACUGAAGUCCAAAUGGGGGGCUCUGUUGAUGCUGAAAACCCUCAACAGCUGCAAGAGAUCGUAUCUAGAAGAAUAAGAGAUCGGAAGGCAGCUAUCGAUGUCGCCAUCAUUAUCACCGCAUUUUUGUUGUGCUUUCUUCCAGGUUGGAUUAUGGGCAUUUGCCGUCAUUUUUUUCCGGAAAUUAAUGUCCCAGAUGAGGUAGUUCUUGCCACAACCUGCAUUUUCUUCCUCAGCUCAUUGUGUAAUCCGAUCAUUUAUUCUAUUCGCAAAAAAGAGUUUCGUGCUGCGAUUCGGAAAAUGUUGAGCCGAAUUGGAGUUUGUCGACUUUCUGACGGCGACGACAACGGAAAAAUUGUUAGAUUUUGUGCCAACCUCGAAUCCGAAGGACUUUCGACAACUACAGUAAAACUCGCCACCCGAGACCUCGAUGGAGGGUGUAUUUACUUAGAAACCAAAGGCAGAUCGUUACCUAAAUUUGAACGAAGUUCUCUUUCUCCAAUUGAAGAAAUCAGUGAUUAUUGA